AACGCCAACGCGUCGGUCGUGCAUCCAAUUCCAGAGUGUACAGCACACACUAAUAGGCAAUUCUGGCGACAAGACGUCAAGUAUCUGCUGACAACGACCCAAGCAUUCCCUCUGGAUCUGCAACUCGACGAGCCGGACCACUCCGAACAGAUUACGGCCCUGGCAGUCGACUUCAGCGCCUCGCCUCAUUGUAUUUGUCUUGGGGGGUUGCCGAGGACAGUCCGAACGAGUAAACCAAAAGGAAAGAGUUGACUUGCGGCAGCAUUGCGACCUUUGAAGGCGCCCGAGCGACACCUGGACUUGUCCUGAAGACGUGGACAUCUCAAAAUGACCGACUCACUACACAAUGCGCCCAUAGUGCUAGACAAUGGGUCGGGCACCAUCAGAGCCGGUUUCGCCGGCGACGAUUUGCCCAAGUGCUAUUUCCCCUCCUUUGUUGGCCGACCGAAGCAUCUCAGAGUACUAGCCGGCGCCUUGGAGGGCGAGGUGUUCAUCGGCCAGAAGGCUGCCUCAGAACUGAGAGGCCUGCUCAAAAUCAAAUAUCCCCUCGAACACGGCAUCGUGACAGACUGGGACGACAUGGAGAAGAUAUGGGAGUAUGUCUACAGUGAGGGACUAAAGACUAUGAGCGAGGAGCACCCAGUUCUGCUGACCGAGCCACCGCUGAAUCCACGAGCAAACCGAGAUACCGCUGCCCAGAUCCUCUUCGAGACGUUCAACGUCCCUGCCCUCUACACAUCUAUACAAGCUGUUCUAUCACUAUAUGCCUCCGGCCGGACGACGGGCUGUGUGUUAGACUCUGGCGACGGAGUUUCUCACGCUGUGCCCGUCUACGAAGGCUUCGCCAUCCCCUCGUCCAUGCGCCGUAUCGAUGUCGCCGGUCGAGACGUCACCGAGUACAUGCAAACACUGUUACGGAAGAGCGGCUACGUUUUCCACACAUCAGCCGAGAAGGAAGUAGUGCGUAACAUCAAGGAGACUUUGUCAUAUGUCGCUCUGAACCCCAAGCAAGAGGAGAAAGACUGGGCAUCCUCCAAGCUCGAGCAGGGCAAGGCCGCCGAGUACACCUUGCCGGACGGAAACAAACUGAAGAUUGGCCAAGAACGAUUCCGCGCCCCGGAAAUCCUCUUUGAUCCCGAAAUUAUCGGCUUGGAAUACCCUGGUGUCCAGCAGAUCGUGACAGACUCAAUCAACCGAACCGACUUGGACCUGCGGAAAGCGCUCUUCAGCAACAUUGUGCUGAGCGGGGGAAGCACGCUUACGAAAGGAUUUGGUGACCGGCUGCUGAGCGAGAUCAGGAAGCUGGCAGUCAAGGAUAUGAGGAUCAAGAUAUUUGCACCACCCGAGAGAAAGUACUCGACAUGGAUAGGAGGUAGUAUCUUGGCUGGUCUGAGCACGUUCAGAAAGAUGUGGGUCAGUAUUGAUGACUGGCAUGAGAACCCGGACAUCAUUCACACCAAGCUGACAUAAUCCUAUUAAACUAAUGCCAACUAAUUGCUAUGUAUACGGACCAAUUGGAAGUCAUUGGGGGCCGGGAACCUGACAGUACCCUUGCCAACUGGUCAACGCGCUGUCUCUAUGCGAAACGCAAGGUUUGUCUGUGUUACCCAAGGAGUUAAGGAAGCUGGAUGGCAUUGCCAGCAAACUAGGGACCGCUUGUGGGUUUCUGUGGCAUUUCGGGCAAAGCGAUCAAAGCAUAGUCAUCUAAGUAGAGGAAAUGAUACCCUGGAGUUGCCAUUUGUCGGGACUUCUUGUACUUGCGAUGUGCC